AUGGGAGCUAAACUAACUCGCCCUUGGUAUGUUCUCGAAGCCGAGCUUGAUGACGCCGCCGUCAGCGACUUUGUCUCGACCUUGUCCCCGAGGGGUGCGACCUUUGUUUCUAGGCUCCGCCUGAAGGAACCUCAUCGUGCUGAUUAUUAUCUCGAUGAAGUCCGUAAGGCCCUUGUGGACUCGACCUUACCCGACGCUAGAGCUGAGCACAAGGAACUUGGUCGCAGGCUAGAAGAGUUCGCUAGAGAUGAGGGCGUGGCCUGCCCUUCGUUUCUACAAAACCUUCGCCGUAUCGUCGAGCCCCCUAACGACAUGUCGGAAGACGCUGACUCUGCCAUCGACGCUGUUUCGGUUAUGAGCAGUCUACACGAGAUUCCCGAGAGUGACUCUGACGACCUCCCCGAAGAGCCCGUCUCACCGCAGCCCCUUCCCGUUAGACCUUUGUCAGCUACGGCUACGGCUACUGCUAAGGCCCCGCCUACUACCGCUACUAAUGGUCGUGGAGGUAGUGUGGCUGCUGGGAUUACUCAUAGGUAUGGCCCUUGGGAUUGGUCUAGGUCUGCUACGCCGUCUCGUGUUAACCUUCGUCCCCGUAAUGCCCGUGCUGGUAUGUCUACACCGGGAGGCCUUCGUACUCCUCCGGUGACCCCAGGUUGGCCGCCGUCCUCUACUCCGGCACCUUUGGAUUGGCGUUCUGCUUCAAGGAGUUUCCCUAAGGCUUCGCUUGGACCUUUGGGUUCCUCUUCGUCCCGUAUGAUGCCUCCGAGACCUGGUACAGUUUGGUCUACAUCGACGCCUACUUCAAGACCUUCGACAUCCUCUACUUCUGUUAACAACUUACAGGUGACCUUUUCUGUUCGUAAUGACUACGAUUACGCUCACUUGGUGCCUAAGUAUGUUGAGAGAAGGACUCAUCAUGAUCGCUAUGCUUGGGUCUGGGACUAUUGUCGAAGCGAAUCUUAUGGUCCUGGUCGCGAGUGGCGCCGUUACUUGGCUGCUCAGCGUCAGACCUUAGGUGAAACAUGUUUCGAGGCCCUUAACGGACCUUGGAUUAUUGACCAUGCUGUGAUGGCUGGACUGGUCCACGACGACUUCAUCCACCGACCUUUGGUUGGCAAUGUGUUACUGUGUCAUGGCAUCCUCAACUCCUGCGGUGGAGAUGAUGGCCUUUGGUUACCUUCGGCUUCCGCUCUAUUGAGGUAUUGCUACGAGUGUGGUGCCUAUCCGCACUUGGUGACCUACCACACCAGACACGGCCGACCUUCGGGAAGUACUAUGAAUAGUUGUAAUUUGUUCUUUUGUUGUCGUCGCCAUUGUGAGGACGCGCUACAACGUCUCUUAAGAGCUGGCUUUACCUUCGGCUUUAGACCUUCAGGCUAUCUGUUCUUCGCCCGAAGCGAGAAGGCCUUUGUCAGUCCUUUUAGAGAUGAGCACGGUGGUUUUAGUGGUUUGACCAUUGAGGAAGGACGACUAUGUUUUCUCUUGGCUCAUACUCGCCUAAUGAACCUUCGGUCUGGUAUUCCGUUAAGCACUUUCAAGGUUUACGAUAACGAGUGGAUUACUACAACCUUGGAGCAAAUUGACGCUGCUAGGGAGUGCCCUUCCACUAAGACCUUGGCUUCUCGAUUUGCUGACCUAGGUGAAGUCACGGAUGACGCUCUUAGUGCAGUUCUUGGUAUGGUUCGAGACUACAGUAUCACUGUUGGUGCUUUGGAAAGGACCUUUGCCGAGAGAAGACGUUCUCUGUGA